AUGUCCAGGGAAGCUUCGCCGCGAAAGGCGGUCAUAGUUGGUGCAGGUCCCGUGGGAUGCCUUUCUGCUAUUGCUUUGGCCAAACAGGGCUGGUUAGUGGAAAUUUACGAAGGCCUCAUAGAUCUUCGGCUUCCUUCUUCAAAGUCAGCGGCACAGCAGCGGUCAAUUAAUCUCGCUAUCUCAUCCCGCGGAAUCUCGGCGCUGCAGGCCAUCGAGCCUGCAGCUUCCAGUCGUUUCUUGAAUGCGGCCAUCCCCAUGCGGGGUAGAAUGAUACACGACCUACAAGGGAGGCAGAACAGUCAGCCUUACGAUAGGAAUGGACAGUGUAUCAACUCCAUCGACCGUGCGCUUCUAAAUGAAGAUCUCCUCGAAGAGGCAGCUUGCGUGCCGAAUAUUAAAGUUUUCUUCAAGUGCAAGGUCCUGUCUAUAGACUUUGACGCUAAGAACAUAACGGCAAAAAACGAAGCAGGAGGGGAAGUUAAAGUGCCAUUUGACCUGUGUAUAGGCGCAGAUGGAAGCUAUUCCAUUGUCAGGCGACAGCUGAUGAGAGUUGUUCGGAUGGACUAUCAGCAGACUUACAUUCCGCACGAAUACCUAGAGCUGAGAAUGCCCACUGGUCCGCCAAGCGAUAUGGACGGCGAACCGACUUUCUUGCUGGACCCGCAUCACCUUCACAUAUGGCCGCGCCAUUCGUUCAUGCUCAUAGCGCUACCUAAUAAGGACAAAACGUUCACUUGUACCCUUUUCGCUCCGACGAGCGAGUUCGAGCGGCUGAGCACACGAGAAAAGACCCUGGAAUGGUUUAGGACACACUUCUCCGACGCCCUACCGCUCAUUGGCGAGGAAGUCCUUUUGCGAGAUUUCGAGAAAAAUCCUCGAAGCGCACUAAUAACGGUAAAGGCGCGGCCGUAUCACUACAAGGACUGUGGCAUCAUAAUCGGGGAUGCCGCUCACUCUAUGGUACCCUUCUAUGGUCAAGGUCUUAACUGCGGCUUGGAGGAUGUCAGAGUGCUGGACCUUCUCCUGCGAAAGUACAAGGUCGACCCGGCGUACCAUCCCGAGUCAGGUCAAGAGGACGCAAGGCUUGCACGAGCACUGCACGUGUACUCAGAAACCAGAUACGAGGAUCUCAUAACCAUAUCCGACCUCGCGAUGGACAAUUAUACGGAGAUGAGGCACUCGGUCACUACGCCGGGCUAUCUCUUCUGCAAGUCCCUCGACAACAUACUCUACUUCUUGACGGCCCCAAGCCAGUCGAUAGUCACUCCCGAAGAUCUCAGCGCUCGAGCCUCCGUAAAUCAAGACCCCUUUCCCACGAAGCGGCCGUCUGGAUGGCUCCCGCUUUACACCAUGGUCUCCUUCCGCCCCGACCUCAGCUACGCCACGGUUCGACGCAAGUCCCGCAAGCAGUCAGAAAUUUUGACCUACGUGAGCUGGGCUGUGGCGGUGGGAACUAUCGGUAUCACAUGUGUCAAUUUGUGGCGGCGGUUCCGAGCCUCCCCCAGCACAGCCUAA